AUUUUAAAAUGAAUUACCCGGGAAAGCAGAAGUAGUCGAAUGUCCCGGCGGCGAUUACAGUAACGGCGAAUCUAGGGUUUUGAAAUCGGCAACUGAGAGCUUCCGAUGGGGGAUUCAAUCGGAGACUCGCUAAUUGAAAUCGACGACAAGGAAGAAGUCGAAGACCCGUUUCUAGCCUUCAUCGACUACGCCAGAGCGGUGAUUUCACCGGAACAAGACGAAAUCGAGGAGGAGGAGGAGGAUGUGAGGAAGAAGAAUCCAAGCGAAGCCGUGACUGAGGUGAGCGGUCCAGGCUGGGGAUGGAUUGCCUCGCGUCUAUUGAAAACAUGCACUGCUUAUUCGAGCGGUGUCACUGCCGCCAUUCUCCUCUCAGAUCUCUCUCAGGGGUGGCAUGAGCAAAACAAACCGGGGAUGUCAAAGAAGAAGCCUGAGCUCAUUGAUCAGUUGAAUAAGAGUCAUAGAAGAAAAAGACUCGCUAAUACUGUUACUAUAGACUCUAUUUACGAGAAGAAUUUUCUGUCUAUGAAUAGUGUUUUGGAAGCUGUUGUUAUCAAGGCUGAUCUCCUCCCUGGUACAAACAUAUUCAUGCUUACGCUAGGGGAUUUUUGGAGCUCCAACACUAUUGAUCUCUAUCUACAUCGCAGGUAUUAUGAGUUGGUGGAAACACCAAAUGGGAUACUUAGGAAAGGCAGAGAGGUUUUGAUCACUGGAUGCUACCUUCGUACCGCUAGAGAAGGAUGUGGUACUCCACGGUUACUUCCAACAGAGUAUCUUGUCAUUUUGCUAGAUGAGGACGAAGAAGAAGAUGCAAUCUUUAUUGUAGCUCAACUUUGUUCCGAUACUUUCUCAUCUGUUUCUCUUGAUGAUUUCAACAAUGGAACUUCAUACUCUUUGUAUGCUAGGAUUGAAUCUAUAGGUCCUCUGGAAUCUGAACUCAAGUUUAGUACUGCGCAUAGAAGGCAAAUUGCACUUGUAGAUGCUGACGGCGUUAAGUUAAAAUUUAUCUUGUGGGGAGAUCAAGUCAUCGUGGCAAACCUCAUGAGUGUGGGAAGUAUGCUUGGGCUUGAGAGGCCUUAUAUUUCUAGUCUCGAAGAGAGUGCAAUGGAAGGAAAAGAUGAGUUCUGCCUCGAAUAUGGUAGCGCAACACAUCUCUAUAUAGUGCCGUCAACCUUACAAGAGGAAACGGUUUGUGUAUCUUUAUCCCAGAAUCAGUGUCAAGGAUCUAAACUGCUUGGUUCAGUAGGAGUUUCGCAGGUGACAUUGCCUCGUGACGCCAAAGGGUCUAUAGACUUCAGCAAUUAUCCUUUUCGGACGAAUAUAACGGACUGUCGCGACAAAACCACUGGCAUCAGUCUCUAUGGCGUUGUAACAGAUAUAUUAUGUGAUCCAAAUGCCACAGGAGUGGUCUUCUCUUUGAAAAUCGAGGACACAACCGGAGCAAUAUGGGCUAGGCUCCACUUUAAUAGUUACUGGUCGUUGGGAAGGUUAGGACUUGGUCAUGUCGUAUACGUUUCAGGGUUAUCCUGCAAAACCACAAAAGAGAAUUGCCUUGAGGUGUUAUGGCAUGAGGGGAACGAGAAAGCUACAUUCAUCAACCUAAGCUGCUUACCUGCAUUUCUAACCUCUUCUUGUCUUCACAAAGUCUCUACCCUCUCCCAAAUUUCAAAACAGAGAAAACCUGCAAUCAACAUUUGUCGGGUGAAGCUGGAUGAGAUUGACCAAUGCCAUAGCAUAAACACGAGAUUAUCACACAGCGUUUGCGGCCAUUUCAUAGACGAAGAAUCGCCACUACACGGAGGGAAUCUGCAUUGUAGCUUCUGCCGGGUAACCUUUAAUAGUAACGGAGGAUCAGAGGUAGUGAGAACGUUCCACAUAAUGAUAACACUUGCAGACGAGGAAACCACCAAACUGUACGCAUGGUGUACGGGUCAGUCAGCAUCAGCUAUACUUCAGAUAUCUCCUGACGAAUUCUGUGAUCUCCCUGAGGAUGAUCAGCUAAUGUAUCCAUCUUCAUUGGAGAACGAGUGGUUCCUAGUGACCUUAGCUAACAGCGGUGGCCGGAGUUUGUCUCAUAAAAUGGAGGCGACUUGCUGGGAAAUCACCCGCGCUCUCAAGAUUUAAGCUCUACCAGUCAAGAUUUCAGAGGGAUCUGUAUUUAUAAAAUGUUUGUUUUAAUAAUUUAUUUUUCCUUUUAAACCCUGAUUUCUUCUUUUAUUAUAAAUUAUGAAAAAUAUUAUAUCAACAAGAGUCAAUUCUAUAUGAUGUAAAAAUUUGCACCGUAUUAAAAAUUUAAUGUAAUUUUUUAAAAAUUAA